CGGAGCUUGCCUUCCGCGCUCUCGACGACGUUCAGCUCCACCCAUCCCGCGCGCUCCUCUCGCAAUGGCCUCAGCGGGCGGUCUCUCUCGUCGCCGUGUCGGCGGCAACGCAUCCGCGAGCAACGAUGACGAUGACGACCACCGACGUUUCUCUGCCCCCAGCCCGAACGGCAGCGCGGUCACCUCGCCCGUGCACGCCGGAUCCGCUUUUGCUGGCGGUAGCAAGAUAGCAUACGAUCCGCGGGAUCUCGAGGACGCGAAUGAGGAGGCGAAGGCAGGCGGUAAGAUGCCCCGCCUCACGCUCAUGGAGGAGGUCUUGCUUUUGGGCCUGAAGGACAAGCAGGGCUAUCUUUCGUUCUGGAACGACAACAUCUCGUAUGCUUUGCGCGGCUGCAUUCUGAUUGAGCUCGCCCUGCGACGUCGAAUAGCACUGGUGAAGGAUCCGGCCCGAAAACGCCUACCCCUCUCCGAGCGCGUUGUCGAGGUCAUCGACGAGCGGCAGACGGGGGAAACCAUCCUGGACGAGACCUUGCGGCUGAUGAAGUCGCAGGAGACAGAAAAGCUCGGAAUAAACAACUGGAUUGACCUCCUUAGCGGCGAGACGUGGAACGUCAUGAAGAUAGGCUUCCAGCUCAAGCAAGUCCGCGAGCGCCUCGCCAAGGGCCUCGUCGACAAGGGCGUUCUCCGUACCGAGAAGCGCAACUUCCUCCUAUUCGACAUGGCCACCCACCCCGUGUCGGACAUCCGCACCAAAGAGUCCAUCGUCACCCGCGUCGUCUCCCUCCUCACCGCCACCACCUCCGCCGUCCCGCCCGCCGCGCUCGACAAGGAGGGCGUCCAGUGCCGCGCCCUGCGCGCCGUCUGCCUCGUCUGCGCCGCGUACACCGCGAGUGUCUUGGACAACGCGUUUGGAAGGCUGGGGUAUGAGGAGCGCGAGGAUGCGUUCGCGCGUUGCGAUGAGAUCCUCGGCGAGUUCGCGAGCUGGCCGUUCGGGGCGGCUAGCGGGGCGAGCGAGGCGGUGAGCACACCCCGUCGGCGAACGGCGACGGCGCGCAUCGCCACUGGGGGUAGCGGCGACGCCGGGCGGGAGAGCAUCCUCGGGCUGCUAGCCGAGGUGCGCAAGGAGUCGAUUGGCGGGGACGAGGAUGUGAGCUUUGAGCUUGUGGCGGGCGUGCUAGAGGUGCUCUCGAAACUGGAUUCGCUUCUAUAGACUCUUCGGCCUCUUAAUGUUCUGUAUACGAUCGAUACCUUGCCUGCGUCAGCUAUAUAUUUAUACGACUUGCGAAGGCCUUGGAGCGGAUUGGUAUGGAGUGACUUCGAAGUUUGUAGGGUGUUUGUGACUGUAAACGCUGUCUGUAGCGAUUGUUAGGCUACUUCUUAGAACUCGAAAGGAGAUAUCAAUACACGUGCGUGUAGACAGUCA